GGCGUGGCAGUUCUCUCUCUCUCUCUCUCUCUCUCUCUCUCUCUCUCUCUCUCUCUCUCUCUCUCUCUCUCUCUCUCUAUCUAUCUAUCUAUCUAUCUAUCUAUCUAUCUAUCUAUCUAUCUAUCUAUCUCUCCUCCGACAAGGGCGACGAUGACGAAGCGAUGGCGUGGGAGCGGCUAACGGGCGAUGACGUUCGUGAUGGCUUGGGCGAUGCUGAUGAUGCUGGCAAUGGGGACUUGCUCGUCGAUGAUGGGCAUGAUGGCGACGAUGGCGAAGAUGGUGACCGUGGGGUCGACGACAACGAAGGCGAUGACUCCAGUGGCGAGCUGAGGCGGGGGGAUGGUGGAGUAGGGGUGGGCGGGAAACCGGGGCCCAUUCGAAAUCGAACGAAUCCCAUGUGGGGCUACCCACUUCAGCUGGCGAAAGCUGGGGCCGUGAGCGCUCGAGUCACGAGGCUAUGGUCGCUCGAAGCAGCAACCGCGAGAUGGCAGAUCCUAUCUAGCCUACUCUACAAUGCCGCUGAUGACGUCAACAGCUCCCUGAAGUACGAGCAGAUCUCGACCAAUGUCGCACGCUUCAAGCACCAGAUGCCCUGGCCGUUGGGGGUCGUUGAUGAUCAAUACUCCUUAGGGCCAGAUCCCACUGGCAAAGAGGAUUGGAAGAAGUGUCUGAAUCUGGACGUGUUCCACGCAGAGUGUGAGGUCAUCGGACAUCGAGCAAACCAGGAUUGCAUCCUCCAGGAUGCUGGCAAUGUGGAGCCUUGUGAUGUUCUUGUUGGCUCUCAGGUUUGUGAGAGAGCGGGCUUGCCAGCAGAUGGCCAGGUGGGCUGGGGGGCUGGCGGCCUGCCAGGCAGCGCCGCCACCAAUCCCAGCAGCGCCGUUAUUGUUGUCGUUUCCUUUGCUGGUGCUAUCAAAUAUAUCACCAAAGACACUGUAGUUGAUAUUCUCGAAAUGAUUGUCGUUGUCGUUGUUGUUGUUGAUGUUGUUGUUGUCAUUGUCAACGUUCUCGUUGUUGUCGUUAUUACUGUCACCUCUGUUGAUGUUAUUGUUGCCGUUGUUGUCGUUGCAAUCAUUAUCGAUGUUGAGUUCUCCAUGACUUUCGACUUUGUCCGUGAGACCAAGGGUGGUACGACCACCCACCCCUACACACCUGAAGAAGAGGCCAAGGCCGCCGCAAUCCUGAAGGAGAGGAGAGAGAAGAAGGAGGCCAAGAAGAAGGCCUUGUUGGAGCAACGGGCGGCGAAACUGAAGAAGAUAGAGGAGGAGAUGGCCAGAGAGAAGGAGAGGCUGAAGAAAGAAGAAGAAGGGAAGUUAAAGGAAGUUGAAGAGGAAGAAGAAGAAGUAGAAGAGGAGCCACUGGAGAGAGGAAGGAGAGGUAACAGAGGGGAGUCCAGUGAGACAAAGGAGGACCUGAUGGAGAAAAAGAUUUCAGAGUGGGUUGCAGGACUGACCCUGGGAGAGGAUGAGGAGGCGCUAAUGUAUGUGCCCAGGGACGAGCAGGAGGCGGCCGUGCGAGAGUGGGAAGCUGAAAGUGAUCCACUCAAGCGACAAGUAUUAGAAGAUGAGAAGAGGAUGGAGUGGAAGUUCCGCCUCACUAGGGAGAGGAAGAGGAGAAUGGAGGCGGCAACAGAGGCGGCAGUGGAGUUGGAAGAGAUCCGGAAGCAGAGGGAUCAGAUGGCGGUCCAAGUGGAUUUAUUGGGGAAAGUAGAGAUCCUGGCCAAGAACGUGGAACGCCUGGUGAAGGUCCAGGAGGAGCAACUUUUAUUUGGGAGAGGUCAGGACAUUGCCGUGCAUUCGAUACGGUCGGGACUUAGGGACUUUGCUCCGGAGUUGGCCAUGCAGGUGGGCUUGCAUGUGACAGCCCGCCUCGAGGGCACGAAACGAUACUGUGUUGGUGCCAUUGAGGGCGCCAAGCUGACUGCCCCAAAGGAAGAAGAAGCACGCCCCCGUAGAGAGCCGGUCAAAGUGAAGUUUCCUGAUUCCUACAGUGGAAAGAAGGAAGAAAACUUUGACAAUUGGGAGGCCAACGUUAAAACGUACGUGCACCUGCAGAAAGUGUCCCCCGAUGAACAGAUCCUAAUCGUCAUCCAUGCGUUGAAGGAAGAAGUCGCCAGUUUUGCACGCUCCUUAGUCCGCGCUGCUAACUGCAGCGAUGAUGUGGUUGCCUACCCUGCGUUCACCCCUCUCACGGACUUUCUUAAGUUGCUGUGCGCACGAUUUGCAGAUGUCUCGCGCAGCAUCAGAGCCUCUGACCGAUUGCAAACUAUCCACUCUCGUCAAUGGAGGAGUGCCAAGGCACUCAAGGGAGUAAUGGACGAGUUAGUGGCUACCCCUGACCAUGGAGUCACAGAGACCCAACUGGUCAACCUCUUCUAUCAGGCUAUGCCCGAGUCGUUGCGUGGGAACUUCUUUGAGAAGAGUCAGCAACCCACCAUGACCUACGACGCAUUGAGCAGGGAAGUGGUGGCAUUUGAAGCGAAGUCUGCGUCGGUUUCCACUUUCUGGCACAAGGAUUUGGACAAGGGAAAAAGGUGGAAGGGUCGCACUAUCUCAGGGCAGGUGAAGACAAAGGAUAGCCUGAUCCUUACCUUAGAUGAGGGUAGUGUCGACGAGAUCCCCUACGAUCAGAUAGAGUGGGGACUCGAGGGAGAUGACAGUAGUAGUAGUCAGGGGAGGACCUACGCUGCUGUCGCGGCCGGAAGGAGGCCGCAAGGAGGAGGACGGGGCCAGGGCCAAGGGGGCCGGGCCUCAGGGAACCGUUCUCAGGGCGAUCAGGGGGUUGGCGGCAGAGGAGGAAACCGCCAAGCGGGAGGAAGGGGUCAAGGUCCCCCGCAAAACCGGUCUGGGAAUAGGUCCCCUUAUAGGAGAAGUGGAUGGCACCCAGGGCUGCCACAAGGCAGACCUUGGGAAGAUCAGGGCCUGGACCAGCGCUUAUGGCAACAUCGUGUGAACCAGGGGCAGUGCAUCUACUGCAGUGACCAUGGCCACAUCAUCAAAUAUUGUCCGAAGUAUAGGGAGGCUCAUUGGGCUGCCCAGGAAGCAAAAGAGGAUAGCCUCCCGUUUGACAUAGUCCUGGGUAUGGACUGGGGAGAGGCAGCAAGGGUCACACUCCACUUGAGAGAGCACGAGUGUAGGCUCCCUAGUCCAUCAGGCGGUGUCAAGACUGCCCGUCUGUUUCAUGUGUCAGGAGUAGACAACUCCCUGACACAUUGCUGCCUCAGCGCUCCUGCAUUCGCAAGGCUAGUGAAAAAGGAGCAGCUAGAGGAACAGGUUUUUGUAGCCUAUGUUAGGCCAGUCACUGAGCCUAAGGAAAAGAAGCCUAUAGACCCUGCUAUUGCCAAGCUGCUGGAAGAAUUCACCGACUUAGCAAAGCCGCCGACAGGAGUAGUGCCGCGGCCUAUCCAGCACCGCAUUGAGAUUGAGCCUGGCAGUAGGACCCCCAAGGGAGCAGUGUAUAGGAUGUCCCCGCGGGAGUUAGAGGAGUUGCGCAAGCAAUUAGACGAACUCCUAGAGAAGGGUUGGAUUAGGCCCAGUUCGUCUCCAUUUGGAACACCUGUUCUAUUUGUCCCCAAGAAGGAGGGAGAGCUUAGGAUGUGUAUAGACUACAAGGGUCUGAAUGCUAUCACAGUAAAGAAUGCUGAGCCACUGCCUAGGAUAGAUGAUCUUCUAGAUCGAGUGCAGGGGUGCAGAUAUUUUACGAAGAUAGAUCUAAAGUCCGGAUAUCAUCAGAUAGAGGUUCAUCCUGAUGAUCAGUACAAGACAGCUUUCCGGACCAGAUACGGGCACUAUGAGUUCAUCGUGAUGCCCUUUGGACUAACCAACGCGCUAGCGACUUUCCAGCGAUGUAUUAAUGAUUUGUUUAGGCCGUGGUUAGAUAGGUUUGUUGUAGUUUACUUGGAUGAUAUCCUAGUGUUUAGUAAGACCCCCCAAGAGCAUCAGGGUCAUCUCAGGCAGGUCUUGGAGAAGCUGCGAGAAGCUAACUUCAAGAUCAACGCAAAGAAGUGUGAAUGGGUGAAAACCCAAGUGUUGUAUUUGGGCCACGUCUUAGACGGAGACGGCAUCAAGCCAGAGGAUAGUAAGAUUGCAGCGAUCAGGGAUUGGCCUACACCGCGUACGUUGACCGAGUUGCAGUCGUUCUUAGGCCUAGCAAACUAUUAUAGGAAGUUCGUAAGGAGCUUCUUCACUAUCGCUGCGCCCCUUCGCAGACUGCUAAGGAAAGAGACCAUCUGGAAGUGGGACAAGGACUGCACGUCUGCUAUGAAGAAGUUGAAGCAGGCACUCAUAGAGUAUCCAGUCCUUAAGGUGGCCGAUCCGUCCUUACCCUUUGUCGUCACUAUGGACGCUAAACAGUACGGCAUAGGUGCUGUUUUGCAGCAAGACGAUGGCAAUGGUUAUAGGCCCGUAGAGUUCAUGUCUGCUAGGAUGCCUUCAGAGAAGGUUGCGACAUCUACCUAUGAGAGGGAACUCUACGCUCUUAGGUCACGACUAUCUGGCUUUCAAUGUGAUGUGGUGUUGUAAUUGGAUUUCUGUCAUUCGCUCCUGCUCAUUUUCCUUGCAUUGCUUUUUGGUCGUUGUAAUCCUUUCCUGUGCCAGGACUUCAGCUCUCUUCUGGUGAAGCUAUAAACUUUCUGCAUUAUUAUUAUUAUUAGAUUUGGUGGCUGUCAUCAGUUUGGUUUGAUGGCUGUACGAUGAGAACGGGCAGUCUUCCAGAAUAAAUCCAUACAAUUUUGUUUGGCAAAGCUGUGCAAUCAGCGGCAACAAAUCUCCCAGAUUGGCAAAACUGCCACAUGUCCAGACAGCAGGCAGCCUUCAACGCUCGACCAAUCAAGUUGCAGACGCAUGCGCAUGCAGUAAAGCGCAGCAGGCUGGGUAAGCUCAGACUCUUCUCCUGGAACAACGACAGCCCCGUAAUGCCAUCCUGCCGGACCCGACUUCAAGAACCCUCUCAGCUUCCAUUUAUGGGGGGUUCGAUCUGUGCAUUUCUGGCAAUCGUUUUGGUGUGGGGUUGCUUGCCUGUCUCUUAUGGCUGGGGAACAGAUGGACACAGGAUUACUUGUGCAAUUGCCGAGGGGCGACUGACAGAGGUAGCAGCUGCGAAAGUGAACGCACUGCUGUUGGAUGGCAAGAGAAUCCAACGGCUUUCCGACCUUUGUUCUUGGGCUGACACCAUCAAACGCAGGCGUGGGUACACGUGGUCAAGUACAUUACACUACUGCGACACGCCGGACUUUGUCUGUACCUACAAUCGCAAAAGGGACUGCAAAGACACGAUGUGUGUCACAGAGGCAAUAAACAAUUUCACAAACCAGUUGGUGACCGGGCAAACAGAAGCUCCAAAGACCAAUCUGACAGAGGCAUUGUUGUUCUUAGCUCACUUCGUUGGGGAUGUCCAUCAGCCGUUGCAUGUAGGCUUUACGUCCGACCGUGGUGGGAACACUAUUAUCGUGCAGUGGUACGGAAAGGAGAGGAAUUUACAUGAGAUCUGGGACAGCGAGAUUAUCGAACGGGGGCUCAAAACGAAAUUCCGCACAGCAAACAAUCUGACAGCUUAUCUCG